AUGGAUGCGGUUGGUGUCCUAACGACAACAGGUCAGGUGGAUCUUCCGGUUAUGUAUCUAGCUAAAGAUGGAUGGGUUAAGGUGGUUCAUACUUGUUAUGUUGUUGAUAAAAUGGUAUUUGGGUCUCUAGUACUGGGAGCUGAUUUUGCGUCUCUCUACUGCCAGGGUAUGACCUGGGAUGAAGGUGGCCGCAUAGCGGUCACUGCUGCCGCUGCUCGUGGCAUCGACGAAGAUGUACAGGCGUACAACUUGCCAGACAUUCCAGGAGUACGCGUGCUAGAAUACCCAAAUGGCACCGUUGAGAUUAUCAGCAUCGACUUUGUACUCUCUAAACGUUCCGAUGAACCACAGUUUACUUGCCGAUGGAUAUGGCGUGGAGGUGACCCUCCUGGUACGUUCUACAAGGCUAACAGAGGUGACUACAACCCGAAACUCACCGCACAAGAGGAGCUUAACUUGCGUGCUGAGACUGAUAAGUUAAUAACUAACGGCUGGGUGAAACCUUAUGCUGGCAGGGUUCGUAAUAUUCUCCCAUGGGUACUAGUGGCUCAACCCCAUAAGCCUUCUACUCCACUCCGUAUGUGCUUAGAUUUUAGAGCUCUCAAUAAGCACCUGGUGAGUGAGCCAGUACGGGACAUCGUAAACUGUGUUGAUACCUUACAUCAGUGGCGUUCGGUUCGGCGUGGUUAUACUCUCGAUGUCAUUAAAUGCUAUUAUUGUAUACGCAUGUGUGAGAGUCUGUGGCCAUAUCUGUGUGUCAUGAUUAACGGUGAGAUCUUCACCAUGGUGGUUAUGGGAUUCGGAGUAUGUAUUGCGCCGAAGGUAGCCACGUCGGCCAUCAGAUGGUUGCUGAUGAAAGUCCCCUACCCAAUUUCAUCAUACCUCGACGAUGUGGUCAUCGAGGAGUCUGACCCUAAUGUGGUUAUCGCUGUGAAUCAAAAUGGACAGCUUCUCGAAGAUCCACCAUGUGUGACGGCUGUUCGAGACGCAUUGGGUAAUGGGCGUAUGUAUUGCAAGCCCACGAUUAUCAUUGGGGCUAAUAACAGUCGUGUGCUUGGGCUGAGUCUCCAUAACGAUGGUGGUGAGAUAUCAUGGGCUCGUAGAGAGGAUCUGUCUCUAGAGAUCAAUCUUGAUGGAGAUGAGGUGGUUACCAAAAGAGAACUGGCUGGUUGGUGUGGUAAGUUGACUGCCUUGGUCCCAGUAGCAAGCUGGUUACGACCUCAUGUAAGUAUGCUAUUACGAGUGAUCAGUGCUUUAGCUUGGGAUAAACCGGUGGAUGCGGUUUACCUGGAUCUUGCUCACUAUAUUCAACAGAAGUUCAACUCUGAAGGGGAUCCAGCUCGCGGCAUAUGGUACUGUCCCCGCCCAAGUGAUGCCAAGGCAUGGCAUAUUCAUGCUGAUGCGAGUUCAGUGGCUAUGGGAGCUACUCUUUCCUACGAGCGUGACGAUGGAAAGAUCGUGCUUGUCCGUGAUGCUGCUUGGCUACUAGAUCGGCGUGGUGUUCUGCGGCACAUUAAUGUGACUGAACUGUGUGCCGCAACCCGAGCAUUAGCUUGGGCAGCCCCGUUUAUCGCGGGAGCGGUUUAUCUACAUGUUGAUAAUGAAUGCGUUAGGAGUUGGAUAGAGCGUUAUCAAAGUGGCCAAACGGUGAAACGUGGAGGCUUAUCGACUACCAUUGUAGGCCGUCGUCUUCAAGCCAUUGUUGAUAUCACUGAGCCGUUCAAGUCCUUCACUGUAUGCCGUGUUGCAUCUGAUCAAAAUCCUAGUGAUAUCCUAAGUAGAUUAGACAGUAAAUAUACCUCUCUUAUCGACUCUAUUUGCUAUGAUAAUAAUAGCAUGGAUAUUGAGGCCGACCUGUCAUUGUGCGCUGGUGCUGCCAUCAAUGAGCCUUUGUUGAACGAUGAGAUGUUCUUGAACCUAGGUGAAGUCGUUGAAGGGCAAUAUGAUGAUGAUGAGCUGUUCAAGGCCAGGCGGGCCUUGAAACAUGGUCGGUUGUUACCUGAAGAUGUUGAGCUAGACUUACAACAAGUCUACCGAGAACUCGAGAUCGAUGAGUAUGACAUCCUACGGCGGCGGUACAUUGCUCCAUACCAGGGUAAGGAAGUAUGUGUUCCUGUUAUUCCCGAGGGUAUGAGAGUAGAGCUCAUUCAUUCAGUACAUGGAUUGUUGUGCCAUGUGGGCCAGCGGCGAACCUUUGAGGCUAUUACUAGUAUAGCGUGGUUUCCUGGUAUCAUUGACCAAACCGCCGCGUGGUUGCAGAAAUGUGAUAUCUGCAACAGGCGUACUCAGCCACUCAUCAUCAAACAUGAUAUAAGUCUAUUCAGCUCAUCUGUCCUCUCUGAAGCUGAGCCAUUCUCGGUUGUGAGUGCUGAUAUUGUUUACUUGCCCAAGGCGUACCUGAGUCAACAAUGCGCUGUCUGUCGGUUUGCCUGUCUCAUCGAGCUGGAGGGCGAGGACGCUGAUCAUAUUCGUGAUGCGUUUGAGGCAUCCUGGCGGAUUCUUGGCAAAAGACCGAAGAUUCUACUGACCGACAACCAGACCGGUUUUCUGAGUUGUGACUUACCUGGAGUGUCCCGUGUCUUUACGGCGCCUAGGUCAAGUCAGUCGAACGGUAUGGUGGAGUCUCUGCACCGCACGGUGCGUAUGUGGACAAGGUCGGUCAUGGCGGAUGACAAUGAGCUCGAUAUCGCGUCGGCGGUUGCCAAGGUCAUGAGAGCUUACAAUAACACGGUCCACAGUGUUACCCAGCGUAUUCCUGCUGAGAUGAUGAAACUCGAGUCUACCGACGUUGAAUGGCAGCGAUUGAUUGCCAAGUGCGUCGCUGAUGCUGAGAGAAAGCUCGAGUCGUGUACAUAUCAUGAAUUAUUCCCUGGCGCCAUAGUGAGGAUGCGUCAAGUGAAUAAGUAUGAUAAGAUUAUUACUAAGACUAUGGAUAUGCCAUUCAGCGAGAAGCGAUGGAGAGUCCUGGGAUUCAUCAGCAGCUCGCGUGGUUUGGUGACGACUUCUCCUAACGAUGAUUACGGCCUAUUUCGAAAGGCUAAGAUUAUUUGUGAUAAAGAAGUCAAAGUUGUCCAUGUUUCGAGACUGACUCACUGCAAGCCUGGUGAAGUUGAUGUGCAGGACCUGAGGCGAGCCAUGCGCCGCAUGACUCGUGAUAGUCCGCAGUGA